GCACCGUGUCGCUCGGCUUUCACACACAGGGUGCAUUUAAUCCGCGGAAGCUCGCAAGGGACAGUCAGAUGCUGGUGCAGGUUUAAGGAGAGGGAGGAAAACACUAUCACCAUGAGUGUGAACUAUGCGUCCGCAGCGCCCACGCAGAGAUCCACGUCAUUUUUCAUUGAGGAUAUCCUGUUGCACAAACCAAAGCCACUGAGAGAGGUUAUUCCCGCGCCCUUCUGCAGCUCCCUGGCCUCCAGAAUGCCCAUCCUGGAGUAUGGAUAUCCUCUGAUUCCGACGCCAAUUCUGGCUCCUCAUCCUCACCCACUCCAUAAGCCGGAGCAUCACCAGUACUUUUUCACACCUGGGAUGCAGAUGCCGGCUCUGUUCCAGCACCACGCAGAGUUACCAGGGAAACACUGCCGGCGCAGGAAGGCCCGAACCGUGUUUUCUGACUCCCAGCUGUCCGGACUGGAGAAGCGCUUCGAGAUCCAGCGGUACCUGUCCACACCGGAGAGAGUGGAGCUGGCCACGGCGCUCAGCCUCUCCGAGACACAGGUUAAAACGUGGUUUCAGAACCGGCGAAUGAAACACAAGAAGCAGCUGAGGAAGGCGCAGGAUGAGCGGAAGACCCCAGCAGAGAUGGAGCGCUGCGCAGAGAACUCCAGCGCGGAGAGCGACCUGAACGAGAAGAGCGCGGAGGAGCUGAGACGCGGCCUGGAGGCGGACUCAUACAUGCUGGAGGAGAACGACGACGACGACGACGACGUGGACAUCGAGGACGAUAUUUGCUCCACAGAUCAUCUACUAUAGGAGCACACCUGUAAGCAUCGGCCUCUGCUAAUGAAACACAAACUCUGACUUUUCUCCAGAGAUAAAGAGUUCAAUGUGAGCUCAUUAUUAUUAUUAUUAUUAUUAUUAUUAUUAUUAUUAUUAUUAUUAUUUCCUUCUACAGAGUCUAAACCUGGUAAAUUCGUGUUAUUUCGUAUUUCUGUAAAUUCCUGUACAUAAGUCUAGCUCCGUCAUAUAAACGCAUUGUGCAACCCCGCCCCUCUCAUACAUUUGCACUUUCAUCCCAAACAAGAUAUCUUUCUCUCUUUUUAUCUCAUGUUUAAAUGUCUUUUGCAGUUUGUCCAUUUUGUUGGAAAAUGUCUGUAAAUAUACACAUACAAAAUAUAUUGAAACAGCA